AUGCUCCGUCGCACUGCUAUCGUCACCGGCUCCGCUCGCGGAAUCGGUAAAGCUAUCGCCCGACGCCUCGUCCAAGACGGCUACUCGGUCUGCAUCAAUGACAUCCCCUCCUCAGCGACCGAAAUCCAAUCCGUUGUCGACGAACUCAACAACCUCCCUCCUCCAACUGCAGCAUCCACCUCCACACAAGCUCCAUCUCCCCGCCCACAAGCCAUCGGAAUCCCAGCCGACGUAACCUCCGCAGACGCCGUGUCCUCCCUCGUGCAAGAAACCGUGCACCAACUCGGCCCGCUCACCCUCAUGGUCGCCAACGCCGGAAUCUCCCAAGUCAAGCCCCUCCUCUCCAGCACGCCCGCCGACAUCGACCGCAUCUUCUCCGUCAACUUCACCGGCGUGUUCAACUGCUACGUCGCCGCCGCCCGGCAGAUGAUCGCGCAGGGCGAUCCCCUCUCCGCGGCGGGUGUCCAGGUGUAUAAGAUCCUCGGCGCGGCGUCCAUCGUCGCGCAUAAACCCUUCGCGACGCUGGGCAUCUACUCGGCGAGUAAAUUCGCCGUGCGGGGUCUGACUCAGGCGUUUGCGAUGGAGAUGGCAGGCCACAAGAUCACGGUGAAUGCGUAUGCGCCCGGCAUCGUGGAUACGAACAUGUGGGAGGAGAUCGACGCGGGGUUAGGCGAGAUCGAGGGCCGUGGGAAGGGCGAGAGUUUGCGCCUGUAUUCGGAUCGGAACGUGGCGUUGGGGAGAACGAGUCGGCCGGAGGAUGUGGCCGGGCUGGUGGGCGGGUUUUUGGCAGGACAGGAUUCGGAUUAUGUGACGGGGCAGACGAUGGUGGUGGAUGGGGGGGUGGUUUUUACUUAG